GGAACCGGAAGUGCCAGCUCUGAGGCAAACUGGGCAGCGGGGAAGCAGCGGGGUCCUGCUCCUCCCGGGCCCCGCUCCUCGUCCUCCGGCGGCGGCGAUGAAGCUUCUUCCCCCGCGCCGGGCGGGGAGGCGUUUCGUGCUGGGCGCCGCAGUGCUGCUGUGGCAGCUGAGCGCGACCGCCCAGGCGGUGGAGCCCAUCAGCCUGGGUUUGGCCAUAGCCGGCGCCGCCGCCUCCGCCCUGACAGGAAUCAUCUCCUAUCCGAAGCUCUACUGCUACUUCGCCCACUGCUGCCUCCAGAAGCCUGGCGCCCGCAGCGGGACAGUGCUUCAAGAGGGUUUGGAUGACCGACUCUUUGGGCAGCAUCUGGCGAAGAAGGUGAUUGUGAAAUCGCUUACUGGAUUGUUGAAUAAUCCAAACCCGAAGAAGCCUCUGGCACUCUCCUUACAUGGCUGGACUGGGACUGGCAAAAACUUUGCUAGUAGGAUAAUCGUGGAGAGCCUUUUUGAAGGAGGCCUCAACAGCAAAUUUGUACAUCAGUUUGUAUCCACUCUGCAUUUUCCUCAUCAGCAGAACAUUUCCCAGUACAAGGACCAGUUGCAGAUGUGGAUCCGGGGCAAUGUGAGCAGCUGCCCAAGAUCCGUCUUCAUAUUUGACGAGAUGGACAAGAUGCACGCUGGCCUCAUCGACUCCAUCAAGCCUUUCCUGGACUACUACGAGGAGCUGGACGGUGUGUCUUACCGGAAAGCUAUCUUCAUCUUCCUCAGUAAUGCAGGGGCUGAAAAGAUCACCGAAGUGGCGCUGGACUUCUGGAGGAGGGGAAAGAGGAGGGAGGACCUGAGCUUACGGGACCUGGACCUGACCUUGUCUGUUUUCAAUAACAAAAACAGUGGCUUUUGGCACAGCAGCCUAAUCGACAAACACCUCAUCGAUUAUUUUGUACCCUUCCUGCCUCUGGAGUACAAGCAUGUGAAAAUGUGCAUUCGGGUCGAGCUUGAAUCCCGCGGCUACGAGGUGGAUGAGGACAUUGUGACCCAGGUCGCUGACGAGAUGACUUACUUCCCAAAAGAAGAGCGGAUCUACUCUGAUAAGGGAUGCAAGACUGUUUGUACAAAACUGGAUUUCUACCUGUAAUGCAUAUAUUUAUAAUUACCUGAUUUUCGAAGAAAAUGAACCCAAUCACAGAA